AUGGCCUUUCAAAGUAUGAUUAAUGGAACAGAAUGUUCCGGAUCUAACCCUUUGACUGGAAUUCUGAAACAAUUUACGGAUGAUAAAUCAAUCCAAAAGGAUGGUUUUUUUCAAGGUGUAGAAAGAGCUGGAAGUAGUUCGUUCCGCACAUUAGGGCCUAACGUAAAACUUCAAGAUCAAAAGCUUAUUGGGGAGUUUUUUGAUCAACAAGACCAUUCAAUAACAUAUCACGUACCAGAGUUCGUAGAUCACAGAGCACAAGACUGGACAUCAGAAUUUCAAAACGUUCGCGAUGUUCCACAGACAUGGAAAUUUGGACCGUUGGAAGAGGCAGAAAUGGAGUAUGCUUUUAAAAGAAUGAAUUUCAACGACAACUGGAAUGCAGAAUUUAUACAAAAUUCCGAGUCAAAUACGACACAUUUACGGGAAAUUCCACCUGAAUUUGAAGCAGCAUUUCAAAAAAAUUUCGAUUGGGCAAGUGAAUAUGUGUUAAACCAAGAUAAAGGAAAAGGAAAAGAAAAAAUUGUUGAACUUGAUUCUUCCACUUGGGAAGAACAAUUUGAAGCCGCACAACGGGAUGCAGAACAUAAACAAAAAUCUGCAGAUGAUAGGGCGUUAUUCAACGAAUUUGAGAAUAUUUGGUCACAAGUUCAAGACAAUUCCGAUGAAUGGGAUAAUUUCUUUAAUAAUCGUGUUGUUGAUUUAGGUGAUUAUGUAUUUGAAGAGGAUAGUCCUUAUUUACAUCAUGAAGAUCCUUUCCAAGAAGGUUUAAGAUUAGCAGAAAUGGGUGGAACAUUAUCACAAAUUGCCUUAGCUUUUGAAGCCGCUGUUCGUAAGGAUAAUAAUAAUUCGGAAGCAUGGAUGUGGUUAGGCAAUACUCAAGCACAAAAUGAAAAAGAGUUGGCGGCUAUCAGGGCAUUACAGAAAGCUGUUGAGGUGGAUGGUGGUAAUCUACCAGCUUUAAUGAGCCUUGCCGUCAGUUAUACUAAUGAAGGCUACGAUGAACAGGCAUAUCUUACGCUUGAAAGGUGGAUUACUGCGAAAUAUCCAAAUGUAGUAACAAGAGCAGCACCUAUGCAUAAUGUCAUAAGUAUACAUUCUCGCGUCACUGAACUUUUUAUACAAGCAGCACGCGAAGCACCAGAAGGUGAAGGUAUGGAUCCAGAUGUUCAAGUUGGAUUAGGUGUACUAUUUUAUGGUAGUGGAAAGUUUGACAAGGCCGAUUAUCUUUUAUGGAACAGAUUAGGGGCUACUCUAGCAAAUUCUGGCCAGUCAGAGGAUGCAAUUGAAGCUUACCGUAAAGCAUUGGAUCUCAAGCCAAAUUUCGUUCGUGCACGUUAUAAUUUAGGUGUUAGUUGUCUUAAUAUUGGAUGUUAUCGUGAAGCGGCUGAGCAUCUACUUGGCGCUUUAAGUAUGCACCAAACUGGAUUAGAUAAUGAGAAUAUUAAAAAUGCUAGUGAUAGUCUUCGAGAAACUUUAUUUAAGACAUUUAAUAUGAUGGAUCGGGACGAUCUAUGCAAGAAAUUAACUGCCAGCAUAAACGUAGAUCAAUUUCGGGAUGAAUUUGAGUUUUGA